AUGCUGGCAAAAACCGCAGCUUCCUUGGAGAUGAAGAUCCAUGCUGCCAUUCGUCAAAGCAACAAUGAGUAUUAUUCAGAAGCUUCAACAUCCUUCCAGUUUUCGCCAGUGGCUACCACGGAUGGAAUAGAUGCAUUGGAAGAGAGUCUCAACGAUGAGUCGUUUGCCAAGCAGUUCUUUGCGCACAUGAAGAAGAAAAUUGGAAACAGCGGCGAUGCGUGCAAUGGUCAGAAUAUUGCUUAUGGAUUGAUUGAUCACUUUUUCGAAACGAAGGUGAUGCUCGAUUGUUCCUGGACCGGAGAGAGUAAAGGAGGAAGUGCCAAGUAUCCCAUGAAAAAAUGUGUCAAUAUUCUUAACAUGUUUUUCAAACUGGUUCACAGCGUGAACAAUACAUUUUCACAAGCGCUGUUGGAGGAUCUGUUCAAAAGAUUCACAAGAAAUGCGAAGAAGCGAAGUGAAACAAAAGGCAAAAGGCAAUCCUCAAUUCAUCGGCGAUCAAAAACAAAAGGUUCUGAGAAAGAAAUUCAUUGUACUCCGCAUACUACUGCUAUCACCACCAAUGACGUACACCGUGCCCCACAGAUAUCUGGUAUCAGCGUUACUGAAGUUCCGGCGCGUCCGGUGGAACUUGGUGGAAGUAAGGGCUCAGAUGUGGUAAAUGUAGACUCAGAUUCACCUAUUCUCAUGAAGAUCGAAGAAGGCGCACUGAAUGUUGCAAUAAAUUCAGAACAUGGAGAGGAUGAAUAUGAGGAGGAAGAAGAAAAUGAAGGAGAAAAUGAAGAGCACGAGGAUGAUGAACAUGAGGACGAAGAAGAAUCGUCGCAAGAGUCCGAAAGUGAUUUUUAAUGCGGUCCUGUAGACUUCGGUGGAUUCCAAUAACGAUCUCAUUUGAUAUAAUGCUAU